CCGAUAUAUUGCGGCUGGCCUGGCCGGUAAUCGGCUCCAAUAUCCCACUUGACCCCUCAAGAAUUCACGAAUCUUAAGGAUUUCAUAAUCAUCCCAACAAUGGCCUCAACCCUCCCUUCGAACGGCCGCCUCGUCAACAUCGGCACUCACUCCCUGGCUCUGUACACGCACGGCCCAGAGCCCAGCAGCGCCAGUGAUCCCGUCGUACUAUUUAUUUCGGGGGUGGCAAGCGAUGCCCUCAACUGGCAAGCGGUGGUGCGGCUGCUGGGUCCCACGGUGCGAAGCUACACGUACGACCGAUCCGGCUAUAACAACUCGGAGUCCUCGCCACGCGCUCCCACAGCCGAGAACGUUGCGCUUGAACUCUCCCUGUUGAUUGAGAAGGCACCUAUCGCGAACCCGCUGAUCCUCGUGGGCCACUCCUGGGCCGGAGUGCUUACGCACGAGUACAUCGCCCUCAAGGGAGCCGACCAACUCGCCGGUCUGGUACUCGUGGAUGCCAACCACGAGACAGCGCCUCUGGUGAUGGACGUAAACGAUCCCAUUUUGUGGACAGUUAUCGCCGCGGGCGUAGAACCGUACUCUGCGUGGGGCGUGGAGUCAGGGCACAAGCUGACGCAGGAGGAAUGGGACGCGUUCCGGGCGGCAGAAUCGACUGAUCAGUUCAAGCUCACUGAGCGUCAGGAGGAGAUCGAGAACUACCUGCCCAGUUUUGAGAUACUACGAAAGAAGGAGCUGAGUAAGAGGCAGCCGCUGCUGGGGGGCAAGCCGGUUUAUGUGAUUGGUGGCACGCGAAGCAGGGACUGGAGCGGAUUGUACGCGGCGGGUGUGGCAAAAGGGAAUGGGAAUGAGGAGGAAAGAAGCCAUGUGAGGGAAAUGAUUAAGACGGUUGAUGCGAAGAAUGAGGGUCUGAUGAACGAAUUCCGGAAACUGUCGACGAAGAGCGAGCUGGUCUUUGCCACGGAGAGUGGACACUUCGUCCAGUUGACCCAGCCGGAUAUUGUUGUGGAUGGUGUGAAAUGGGCUCUGAAUAACUUGCCAGUCUCUGCUUAGUUCUAGGGAAUCCUGAAUAGUGAAUACAGGUUUGCGAUGGAAGGUGGAAGGAAGUCAUAUCAGAUACAGACGCGCGAGAUCAAUGCGCCCGUAUGCCAACU